AUGUUAUCACCAGCAGGAAAGACGCUCUUCAGCAUCCCCAUCAAGUCAUCAAGUGGUUCCGUAACCGUCACCGAGCCCGCCCCCAAAACCUACCUCCUCACCUUCAACUCUCCCCCCGACAACCGCCUCGUCAGCAGCUUUUGCGAGGCCUUCCUCCUCGCCCUCGACAUCAUCGAGGCCCGCUACCCCCACGGCGUCGUCAUCACCACCUCUGGCAUCACCAAAUUCUACAGCAACGGCCUCGACCUUGACCAUGCCUUCAGCACCCCCGGCUACUAUGCCCUGCUGUACAAGCUCUUCGCCCGCCUGGCAGCCUACCCCAUGCCUACCGUCGCCUGGCUCAAUGGCCACGCCUUUGCCGGCGGCUUCAUGUUGGCCAUGCACCACGACUACCGCGUCUUCAACGCCUCGCGGGGCUACCUCUGCCUGAACGAGCUCGACUUCGGCGCGCCGCUCAAGCCGGCUAUGCUGGGUAUUUUUGAGGCCAAGUUGUCGCCUGUGUCGUACAGAACUUUGAUUCUUGAGGCGCAUAGGUUCACCGCGAAGGAGGCGUUGGAGCAGCAGAUGGUGGAUAAGCUGGGUGGAUGGGAGGAGGUGGUCGCGUUGGUGGAAGAGAGGAAGCUAACGCAGCGGUCGAAGAGCGGGGUUUAUGGUGUUUUGAAGCAGGAGAUGUAUCGGGAGGUUAUUGCGAACUUGGAGGGGCAUGAGGAGAGAGUGAAGAAGGACGCGGCGGAUGGGGAGAAGUUGGAGAAGGUCGCACAGGGUAAGGAGGAGAGGGUGCAGGCCUGGGAGGCUGAGACGAAGGGAAAGUCUAAGUUGUGA